CUCUGGCUGAGUUCCUGAGGCGCCCACCUCCGCCUCUGAAGCCGCGGCUCCUUCUCCGUCUCUCUCUCCUUCGCCACCGCGGUUUCCUCGCCCCAGGCCGCUGCGGGAGGUUCGCCAGUACCCCCUGUGAAGUGGGUUCUGUCUCCCUGAACAACCAACCCCUACUACCUCAGAGAGCACGCACUAGGUUCAAAAAGAAAAACAAAAUCAGUGCCAUAGGUAUUUACGGGCAGCACCAGUCUAUGCCAAAUUACUCUUAACUCGGUUUGGAUCGUCAGAGACUUAACCCUAAGGUCAGCUGCCUCCAGGUUUCGAGGUCCUGAAACGAACAUAAGUUUUUAUAAGCUUAAGCAAUGUUAAGAAAAAUGAUAAAACUAGGCAGAAAAAAUGAAUAUUUAUUUGGAAUGAGGAAAAACAUAAACAUUACUGGAGCUCUGGAGGUCUCUUCUCAACUCUUUAAAUAAUUUACCAGAAAUGCUUACAUAGAAAUACCUCCAAUUGCGAGUUGCCUUCCCACCUGCAGCUAGAACGCCCUGGAGCUCCAGCAACUCCCAGCUCAGUGAAGAUGCAAGCAGAUGGAGGAUUGUUGUGAAGUUUACCCGAGGCUAUGGUGAAUCCAGCUAAAGUCAUCUCAGUUUAUAAAGAAAAUGAAGCUUAGAAGUAUUUCCUAGCUUCACCCAAGAAGUAUUUCCAUUUUCACCCAAACAUUGAUUCUUGAACUGUGGUGUGCAUCAGAAUCGCCUGGAGGGCUUGUUAAAAUUUAGAUAUCCUGGGUCCCAGACCAUAAGUCUGACUCAGUUGGUCAAGCAGCUAUAAACGGAACUUAAUAAGGUAAAAAUAUUUCCUUUUAAUUUGGGCCUACUAGAGAGGCUCUUUUAUCUCCACCAGUGGUGGUUUAAUGUAAAAGAUGGAAAAAAGGAGACAAGUUGUUCUGUUUCUAGGGUGAAUCUCAGGAUGAAGUGCUCCUCUUCAGUGGGUUUAUUCUUCUGGCUGUAUUGUGAGUGUCCUGGAUUUAAAAGGAAGAUAAUACAUCUCAUUUAUGUAAACAAAAUGAGGCUAAAAGUUUAGUAGGUGGGCAAUUUAUCUUCAUCCAGGCAACUAAGGAUUAGGACCCUGAACUCCCAAGUUCUUAUUACAAGAACAAUAGGUGUAGCACUUUUUAACUUCAAAAAAAAUGUAAUACGCUCACCCAGCCACCUUAAAUACUAGUAGUCUUUAAGCACAGCAAUAUCAUCAUUUUAUUCUACAAGUAUUAAUGAAAUAGCUAGUACCUACCAUAUACCUAGCUCUGAAUGAGGUCCUGAAGAAUCAAAGAUUAAUAAGACACGCUUUGAUGUUUGUGCUUACACUGUAGUGAGAGAGAUUAUAACCAAACUAAAACUCUGGGUCCCAGUGGGUUGUGGAAGGCUUUACUGGGUCACAUUCGAAUUUUCUCUUGGGGUUGAUUAAAAUUGGUUAGGUAGAGAGGUUAGGAAGGGAGAAGUCAGAGGGGUCUAAACAAGGGGAAUGGCUUUUACAAAGGCACUGAAAUUUGAAAGAGCUUGAUAUAAUUUGGGAAAGCAAGUUGUGUUGGAUUCUUUGUUCCAAACAGUAGGGACCAGAGACACCUCUAAGUUACCUGAGGUAAUAGGAUAUAUGGAGAAGUAAGGAAAAACAGGAAGCAAUUUCAAAAUAAAAAAAAGCCAGAUCUGACAUAGAAUUGGAAAGUUGCUGGGAAUAUGGCAGCACCUGUACAGGAAGACCUCACUGAGAAAUGAACCAUUAUUCAGGGCAACUGUAGUAAAAAUACCUAAUACUUAUUGCCAUCCUACUAGACCCUGGGCUGACAUGCAAUGGUCUACUUACUCCCCUAUGAGGCUUCUAAGGGAAGAAGUCCAUACAGAUGUUACUUUUUCCGUAGGUUGUACUUUAUUCAAAGCGCACAGAGCUGUCCUUUUAGCAAGAGUUCCUAACUUCUAUUUUCAUAGUAUUGGACAGACAUCAAAUAAUUUAACAGAUUAUGAACCUAUUGCUGUGGAGAACUUUGAAGCUUCAGAAUUUAGAACGUUUUUACAGAUUGUAUACUCAUCAAACAGAAACAUAAAAAAUUAUGAAAAUGAAAUUCUUAGGGAAAAGAUAGUAGAGAGUGGGGUACCACAAAGAGAACAUGACUUCAAUUUUCAAAAGUAUACGGACAAUGAUGGAAGACCACCUACAGGGUUCUUAGAUAAAACAUCACCUGAUUGUUCUCUUCUGAAGCAUGAAACACCAGACACCAACGAUGGAGAGGACAGUUUUAUAUCCAGUGAUACUUAUGACUUGGAACCUGCAUCUGAAUUAGGAGAAGACUUAUUGAAACUUUACGUGAAACAUUGUUGCCCAGAUAUUGAUAUUUAUGUUGAUGGAAAAAGUUUUAAAACUCACAGAGCCAUUUUAAGCGCCAGGUCUAGUUAUUUUGCUGCAAUGCUGAGUGGCUGUUGGGCUGAAAGCUCACAAGAGUACAUUCCUCUUCAAGGUAUAAACCAUGUAGAAAUGAAUGUUAUGAUGCAUUUUAUAUAUGGAGGAACUUUGGACUUUCCAGACAAAGCUAAUGUUGGUAAAAUACUCAAUGUGGCUGAUAUGUAUGGACUAGAAGGAUUAAAAGAAGUAGCCAUCUAUAUUUUAAGAAGAGAUUACUGUAAUUUCUUUCAGAAGCCUGUUCCCAGAAGAUUGACAUCUAUACUAGAAUGCCUGAUUAUUGCUCAUUCAAUUGGAGUGGAAAGUCUUUUUGCUGACUGCAUGAAGUGGGUUGUAAAACAUUUUGCAAGGUUUUGGUCUGAGAGAAGCUUUGCAAAUGUACCUCCUGAGAUUCAGAAACGUUGUCUUAACAUGUUGAUUCAGUCCUUAAAUGAUAAGAAUGCUGCAUUUCUUCUGAUGGAAAGUGACAGGCUAAUCAUCAGUUUACCCAGAGUGAAGUGGACAGAAACAGCACUGACUAUGGCAUCUCAGCUACAAGAAGAAUGUAUUGCAUUUAUUAUAGAAAACUUCCCGAAGAUCGUUCAAAGUGAAAAUUUUGCUCUUUUUUUACAGUCACAAGCAAUGAGCAGCACAGCUGAACUGUUGGACAAAAUUUUAAAAGCAAUUGAAGAAAAGAUUACCACUGAGAAUAGCUGCUCUCUUCUUAUGGCUCUGGACAUGUUACUGAACUCUGACAGUACAAAAGAAAUGGGUUUUACGUGCAAGAUCCAGGCUCUGCGUGAUAAGCUGUGGAUCUUCCUGGUUCAGUCUUUCUAUGCUGUUCGUCACACAGAAAGCUGGAAGCUGAUGAGUACAGAUCAUCAACAGAAAAUCCAAGCAGCUGCAUUUGACAAAGGUGAUAGUCGAAGACUUGGUAAAAAGCCUAUAUUCAGUAGCUCUCAGCAAAGGAGACAAGUUUCUGACUCUGGUGUUAUAAAAAACAAAUCUUUGAGAGAAAAUAACAAGGAAAAGUGUUGGAGUUGUCCCUCUACUAAUCAAAAGAUGAAAUCCGAUGGAUUAGGAGCAUCUGGACAUUCAUCAAGUACUAAUAGAAAUACUAUAAAUAAAACUUUGAAGCAUGAUGACUUAAAAGAGAAGGAUGAUACAAAAACAGCAUCUAAAAUUACAAAAGAAUUAAAAUCUGGGGGAAAAAAUGUUUCUGGAAAGCCCAAAGCAAUAAUAAAACCCAAAACAGAAAACAAUGAUAAUGCAAAGUCAGCAAACAUGUCAUCUAGACAAGUUGUGGAAAGAUCGGCAACAGCAGCAGCACAUGGACACAAAAACACAUUAAAUGGGAAGGGAGUGAGAAAUCAAGAAGGACAAGUUACAGGUGCCAGACCCAAGGUACUCACUGGAAACUUAAAUGUGCAAGCCAGAGCAAAGCCUUUGAAGACAGGAAAAUAUUCUCCAUACCUUGGCAUUGCAGAAUGCUCCAGCAGGUCUACAAAUUCAAGUAUGGAAUUACUGGUUUCCACCGAAAGUCUGGAUGAGCCAAAAGAAAAUGGAUCAACAGAAGAGAAGCCAUCUGGUCAUAAACUGUCCUUUUGUGAAUCUCCAGAACAGACAGUGAAAAACAGUGUAGAAAGUAUCAAAAUUUCUACUGUAGCCGUAAAAUCUCAACCUGUUUCAAAAGUUACCAAUGGAACUUCCAAUAAAAAAAGCACUCAUGAACAAGAAACUAACAUAAAUAAUAGUAUGCUAAAGAAGGUCGCUAGCAAAGGACAUAGUGAUCCAGUACAACAGGCAAUUUUAAAGAAAAGAGGACAUGACAAUGUAUGCACUACAGCUCAGCAGAGGACAAAGAAUGCCCCAUCUAAUCUUGCUAAAACUCAAGGAUGCCAAGGAGAGUCACCAAAUUCAGUAAAAUCUUCAAGGCAGUCUGAUGGAAAUGUGACGAAGUUGAACCACAGUACAACAGAAAAACAAACACCUAAGAGAAAAAUUGUCAAGCAAGGGCACACAACUUUGCCUAAAGUUAAUGGAAAAAUGGUGGCAAUACCUAAACACCUAAAUCAAUCUAAGAAAGGUGAAACUUUAAAUAAUAAAGAUUCAAAACAGAAAAUGGUUCUUGGACAGGUCAUAUUGAAGACUCAGUCUUCUCAAAGACCUUUAAAAAGUGAAACAUCUGUUGUCCAAAAAAGUAACAAGAAUGGCAGUGUUACUGAACAGAAGCCUGAUGAACCUCUAAUUAACCUCACUGCGAAAAUCAUUGGUACAGAAGCAUUCCAGUCAUUAUGCACACCUGGUCUACAAAAGCCAUUAAACAAUCAAGAAAAAGAGAAAUUGGUAUUAGAAUGCCAAAAUAUUUCAAAUCUGGAUAAAUCAGUAAAACAUGAAUUGGAAUCAAGACAUAUUUGUUCAGGAAAAAGUGAAACAAAAUUGUCCAGUCACAGAGAAAUUGAUCGCUGCAACCCAGCUCAACUACACUGUCAUACUGACGGAAGUGAAAAUGUAGAUCCAGAAUUUUAUAGCACCACUGCCAUAAAAUCCAUGAUUUUAAAUCCAAAUGAAAACCUCUUGAACUCUAAUCCAGUUUGUGAUUUGGACUCAGCAAAUGCAGAGCAAAUCCAUUCAGCAUUAGAUAAGGAGAUGCACGUAGAGAGAGAAAACAUGAACAAAAAAUCAAGCACUGAAUGUGUGAAAGAUGUACCUUGUGUUCCUGAAAGGACAGUGCAUAACUUACAUACUAUUCAAGUUGAUGGAAAACCUAAAUUUCGUGUAGAGCAGACAAUUCCUAGUCAGUUAUCUGAUAACUCUGCUACGAAUGAAGACAAAUAUGCUACAGCAGACUCAGAUAGUUCCUCCAAGUGUUUUUUAGAACAAAUAUCACGAAAAAAUUCUCCUAAAGAUAUGGAAGCAACAGAAAUUCAAGAGAAAAAUACAGAAGCCCCAUUCAUGAGUGACUGGAAUUUGAGUACCAGUGUUCUGCAUCAGAGAGACAGUCCUGAAUCUGACACUGGCAGUGCUACCACAUCCUCUGAUGACAUAAAGCCCAGGUCUGAAGACUAUGAUGCUGGAGGGUCUCAGGAUGAUGAUGGGUCAAAUGACAGGGGUAUUUCUAAAUGUGGCACUAUGCUAUGCCAUGAUUUUCUUGGAAGAAGUAGCAGUGAUACCAGUACUCCUGAAGAAUUAAAAAUAUAUGAUAGUAACUUAAGAAUUGAAGUGAAAAUGAAAAAGCAAAGUAGUAAUGAUCCUUUCCAAGUUAAUUCGACAAGUGAUGAUGAGAUUCCUAGAAAAAGGCCAGAAAUUUGGUCUCGAUCUACAAUAGUCCACCCUAGGGAAAAAGAAAAUAUUCUACGAGGCAGUGUCCAGUUUGCUCAGGAAGUAGAUCAAGUUUCUUCCUCGGCAGAUGAAACAGAAGAUGAAAGAUCUGAAGCUGAAAAUGUUGCAGAAAAUUUCUCUAUGUUGAAUUCAGCUCCUCAGCAUUUUCAGGGGAUAAUUAACUUAGCUUUUGAAGAUGCAGCUGAAAAUGAAAGUCAUGAGUUUUCUGCAAGUAAAAAAUUUAAAAGGUCAGUUUUACUUUCAGUAGAUGAAUGUGAAGAACUGGGAUCUGAUGAAGGGGAAGUCCAUACUCCCUUUCUACCUUCUAUAGAUUCUCUUUCACCUUCUGAUGUUUUUGAUGGCUUUUCUCAUGAACAUCCUAGAAGGCCCUGCUAUUCCAGAAACUUACAGGGAAAUGAAGGUAGUAUUUUAGGAUGUAAACAAGAUAAAGGCAACAAUGUAUGUAAAAAGGAAAGCUUUCUCUUGGGUCUUAGUAGCAUUGGCCCUUCAAGAAAAGAUAAACAGAGUGCAGAAUGUACAAAAAAAUACACUAUUGAUGUCCUGCCCAAAGAAGGCAGGCAGCUUCUUAUGGACAAUAAAAAAGUAAACAAUGGAAGCAAUGUAGAUAAUGACUUUCAGCAACACAGCAGACUCUCAGAUGGUGACAUAAAAUCUCAAGAAAGACCAUGUCAUUUGGACCUUCAUCAAAGAGAACCCAAUUCUGACAUACCAAAGAACAGUUCUACAAAAUCUCUGGACUCCUGUCGGAGUCAGCUUCUGCCUCAGGGAGGUCAAGUGAAAGAGAGCCAUUCUACACCUACUGAAAAAGCUAAUAUUGCUUUAUCUGCAGGAGACAUAGAUGAUUGUGAUACACUGGCACAAACCUACAUGUAUGACCAUCGGCCUUCAAAAACCCUCUCUCCAAUAUAUGAGAUGGAUGUAAUAGAAGCAUUUGAGCAGAAAAUGGAAUCAGAAACGCAUGUCACAGACAUGGAUUUGGAAGAUGAUCAACACUUUGCAAAACAAGAUUGGACAUUAUUAAAGCAACUGCUCUCUGAACAGGAUUCAAACUUAAAUAUUACAAAUUCUGUUCCUGAAGACUUAAAUUUAGCACAGUAUCUAAUCAGUCAGACACUACUUUUAGCACGAGACAGCUCAAAACCUCAGGGUAAAGCACAUGUUGACACUUUGAACAGAUGGAGCGAACUAACCUCUCCACUUGAUUCCUCCGCAAGCAUCACCAUGGCUAGUUUUUCCUCUGAAGAUUGUUCACCCCAAGGGGAAUGGACAAUUCUGGAACUGGAAACUCAGCAUUAAGAGUACUAACACUUCGGAAAAUGUUGAACUAUACCACCCUUUCUUUUUGGAUAUUUAUGUUAUAUCCAAAUGAUAAUUACAUCAGCUAGAGAUGCACUGCCCUUAAUAUUGAGGGAGUCUUUACAAUUUAUUAAAGUAAACAUUGUUUGUUUAUUAAUAUGAUAUCACAUGUAGAAAAUAAGUUUUUCUAAAAUUUUUGAGCAUGUUUUAUUAUUGGAAAAAUUAGAAGACUAUAAGGAAGCCCUUCCUUCAGUUUUCCUUUCCUAACUGAUCAUUUGUUCACUUAUCAUUCAAGAAUUUAAAAUGGGAAUGCACAAGUAGAUCUGUUCCUUUACUUUCUGCUCUGCAUAUGGUAACAUAGUAAUUUAACAAUAAAAAAUAUAUUGUGCUUGUGUCAGUUUAUGUAGAGUUAACCAGUGAGUAACAUUCAGACUUGGCUUGGUGAGUUGGUGUGGUUGAGGCUGGUGGCUGAAUAUAAAAAAAGGCCUUGAGGACAUUACACUAAGUGAAAUAAGUCGGACAGAGAAAGUCAAAUACCGUAUGAUCUCACUUAUAUAUGGAAUCUAAAGAACAAAAUAAAUGAACAAACAAAACAGACUCAUAGAUAAGAGAACAGACUAAU